AUGCCUUUCAACAAAACCUUCCUCAAAGUCUUGGUUUUAGGAGAUGUAGCUGUCGGAAAAUCAUCUUUGGCACAUCGUUACGUUAACCGAACAUUUUCUUACGAAUACCGAGUCACAAUUGGAGCUGAUUUUCUCUUGAAAGAAAUCGAAUAUGGCGAUAACGAACAAAUCACUUUGCAAAUUUGGGAUACUGCGGGACAGGAACGUUAUAAGGCUUUCAAUGCCCCAUUUUAUCGAGGAGCUGAUUGUGCAAUUAUCGUUUUUGACAUAACUGACCCUUUAACUUUUGAUCAUUUGGAAUUUUGGCUCAAGAAUUUGCUCGAAAAUUCACAAAAUGAAAAAAUUCCCAUUAUUGUAUUUGGAAAUCGAGUUGAUUUGAAAGAUUUGAGGGAAGUUUCCAUGCAAAAAGCUCAACUUUGGUGUUUCAGUCGAAAUUUGAAAUAUUUUGAAACUUCGGCAAAAACAGGAGAAAAUGUCGAAGAAGCUUUUGAUUGUUUAGUAAAGGAAACUUUAAGACAUCAAAAUACGAUACAAGUUCGAGCUAAUCACAUCAUACUGAAUAACGACAAAAUUCGUCUUGAACCUGACAAAAAUUCGUGUUGCUGA